AUGGAGCGAAAAUACUUAUGUAGAGUUUUCGUCGACACCGUGAAGGAUGCCGCGGUGUUCUCCCAUACCGCCUCUUCCAUCGACGCGCUCGUCGCCGUCGCUAUCCUCGCUGCGUCGGCGAUCGUCGACACGGUAGGGUCGGUGUCGGUCAUCAGCACCGUGGUAAUCGCACACGCCACAUGUCGCUCGAUACCGCACACCCUCACCUUCCUCACUCAGGCGGUCAUUCCCUUGGCCGGGACUCGCCGGUUUACAAUAUCUUCUACCGACCUCAGGGUCGGAAUAUACGGGCCGGGCAAAAAAGAUGUUUCGCCCAUCUUGCCGGGCGUACGGACCGGCCUUCCGCACGCUCGCAAGUCUUCUUUCAAGCGUUGA